GUCGGAGAGAUUAACGAAAUGUUUUCAUUUAGUGUUGUGAAUGAUGCUGGACGAUUGAUUAUUCGGCUAUUUUGAUUGACAGCAGGCAUGACGUCAUCACACACGUUACCUCAACUCGCAUUCAGACACCGUGCAUGUCUCUCUCGGGCGCGCGCUCUCGCAUGCACACAAGACUUGACUUCCUUCAUUCGUGUUUCCUUAUCAUUGAUCACAAACACAAGCGCAGAAGUUUCUGACCCAUGGCCAUGUUGAGUGCUCAAGUGUGUCGGAGAUGAGUUUGACACCCAUUCUUGAGGAAACGUUGAUCAAACGUUCUCAGCAGAAGAAACGGACGUCUCCACUCAACUAUAAAGAAAGGGUGUUUGUGUUAACCCAGAGCAAACUCACAUAUUAUGAGCUCAGAGCGGAGAAGAGGGUUAGGAAGGGUUCAGUGGAGCUGAACAGAAUCAAAUGUGUUGAGAUUGUUAGAACCAACUCGACCAUCAUUCCCUGUCAGAACAAAUAUCCAUUUCAGGUUGUUCAUGAUUCAACUAUGUUAUAUAUAUUUGCUCCCAGUAAUGAGAGCAGAAGUGUUUGGGUGCAGAACAUCAAGGAAGAGAUUAGGAAUAACGCCGAGAUAGCAGCGAAGUUCCACCCUCAGUUCUGGCAGGAGGGCGAGUGGAUGUGUUGCGGGCAGCUGGAUAAAAUGGCUCCGGGCUGUGAGGGCUACAACUUGUUCGGAGACGUUUCUCGUAAACCACUGCCACCAGUUCCAGGAGAGGAAACCAGCGGCUGUACGGUCCGACGACCUUCUCCUCCCCUCCCACCCUCAGAGGGGACCACACGGGAAGAGGCGGGCUCUCCAGAGGAAGUGGUCAUUGCGUUGUAUGACUUUCAAGGGUUGGAGCCUCAUGAUUUGAUGUUGAAGACAGGAGAAGAGUAUGUCAUACUGGAGAAGAGUGGUGUGAACUGGUAUAAAGCUCGGAAUAGAUUUGGAGAAGAGGGCUACAUCCCCAGCAACUACGUGACUGUAAAGGAAUCCGACAUGCUUGAACAAUUUAUAUGGUUCCGUAAAAAUGUCAACCGCAAUAAAGCUGAGGAGCAACUCAGAAAAGAGGGGAAAGAUGGGGGAUUUAUGGUUCGGAUGUCCAGUACAGGGACCUACACUGUGUCUUUGUUCAGCAAGAGCGCAGGUGAUGGAGCAGUCAAGCAUUACCAGAUUAAAGAAACACAAACCCCCACAAGACAAUUUUAUCUGGCUGAAAAAUAUCUGUUCAACAGCAUUCCUGAACUCAUAGAGUACCACAUGUACAACUCUGCAGGUCUUGUCUGCAGACUCCGUCAUGCAGUAGGUGAUGGGAGGAGGGAGGCUCCUACAACAGCAGGGUUCAGCUAUGACAAAUGGGAGAUCAAUCCGUCUGAAUUGACGUUCAUGAAGGAACUGGGCAGUGGUCAGGUUGGAGUGGUCAGACUGGGCAAAUGGAGAGCGCAGCAUAAAGUGGCCAUAAAAACCAUCAGAGAAGGAGCCAUGAGUGAAGACGACUUCAUAGAGGAGGCCAAGAUUAUGAUGAAUUUGUCUCAUCGUAAUCUGGUGCAGUUGUAUGGAGUUUGUACCCAACAGAAGCCCAUUUAUCUGGUCACUGAAUUCAUGGAACUGGGCUGCCUGCUGAAUUUCCUCCGGCAGAGACGAGGAGCGCUCGGGCCGCUGGAUCUUCUGAGCAUCUGUCACGACGUCAGUCUGGGAAUGACCCAUCUGGAGCAGCAUGGAUGCAUCCACAGGGACCUGGCUGCCAGAAACUGUCUGGUGAACAGCUCUCUAGGGGUUAAAGUCUCAGACUUUGGGAUGGCCAGGUACGUUCUGGACGAUCAGUACACUAGUUCAUCAGGAGCAAAGUUUCCAGUCAAAUGGUCUCCGCCUGAGGUCUUCAACUUCUGCAAAUACAGCAGCAAAUCUGAUGUCUGGUCGUUUGGCGUGUUAAUGUGGGAAGUUUUUACUGAAGGGAAAAUGCCAUUCGAACACAAUUCCAACCAUGAAGUGGUGAUGAUGGUCAUGCAGGGACAUCGACUCUACCGACCCAGAAAAACAUCUCCUCAUAUCUACGGCAUCAUGCAGAUGUGCUGGAUGGAGAGAGCAGAUGAGCGGCCAAAGUUCUCACAGAUUUCUGAAAAGAUCUCUGAUGCUCUGGAGGCCGAUGGAUCAGCGGUGUCUGUCUGAGCCGAUGAUCAUGUGACUCGACUUUAAUCCACUGUCUGAUUGUGAAGCAUCUGCCUGGUCAAGUGACAUGUGAUGUGUUGACUAUAAGAGCAGAGGACGGACAUGAACUGUUGCUGAAGAACUGCCCAGAUGUGUGUGACGUUUGUUCGCUGUCAGUCAGAAUAAUUGUGUUGUAAUGCUGAUGUCAAACCAGCUUCAGUGUCACAAAGACCAAUAAACAUUACACUGUUACAACACGAGUCAUGAAUAUACAAUCACACACACACAUUUGUUUUAAACAUCAUAACAAAUUCAUGAACGCAGACACUAAUCAGUCACGCUUUCCGAUAUCUGAGCAACCUCCCACACACACACACACACACACUUCUGACUCACCCUCAUACGCACACUCGCAG